ACCGAGAAGCAUCAGAACGCCGCCAAAAUACAGGAACGCGGGGAUGGAGGCCGAGCCACUGCCGCCAGCGCCGCGCCAGCCCAUCAGGUCGCAGGCGAGGGGCCCGAGGGCGAUGAUGAAGCCUACGAGGGCGAUAGGCGUCGGGUUGCCAAAGGUCCUGCGCAGGUCGCCCUUGACAUUGUUCUGGGGCGACAGGUAGAGCUUCUCGAACAGCUCGGGCGAGAUGGAAAUGCUGCCAGCCGUGCGCAUCCUUUUCAGGGCGUCCUCGGGAUGCAUGUCCUUGCCGAGAUGCAUGUGAUCGCUGCCGUUGUGGCCGUUGUGGCCGUUCAAGCCACUGUUGCUGUCGUGUUGAAUGUGGCCUGCGUUGUAUUCCGCCAUCUUAUCGGUCUUGUCCUACUCGAUAAAUGCUCGAUUGAUGAUUUCCACUGUCAGUCAAUGGAAAAUCUUGACUGUUGCGAUGGGAUGAAAGGGCUCUCUUGUCAGAAAGCUCCUCGGGCACCUCGGGACAUUUAAGCUCCCCUUGUCACGACGAACGGCAGCUACUGAGGAUCUUAGAUGCCAGCCGCCACCACGCCAUACGUUGGAUGCAGACGCAAGGUUUCUCACUGGGGCGUGCUAUGCAACCAAUAGACCUGUCUGCAGCCUAUGAUGCUUCCUUUGCUCCGACUUGUUCCCUGCUAGCUCCGCACCCGUUUCCC